AUGGUAAAUAUGAAAUUCUUUGUCAUCGCUUUUGCUGUGAUCGCAUCCGCUUCGGCGGCAUCGAUUGCCACGGACUACCUGCCGCCAGUGGACAACAACAUCGAAGCCACUGAACUGGUUGAGUCCCCAGUGGAGUUAGCUGAUGAUGGUUAUCGUUACAAGACUGUGCGCCGCUUGAGGCUGCGCCACCGCCGCGAUGUCAGCGAGCUGCCCUCUUCCGAAUACCUUCCUCCCAUUGAGCAGGCCUCCGAGCAGGUCAUUGUUGAAGAGGCCGCUCCUGAGACCGUCGUUGGUGCCGAUGGCUACCGUUACAAGACUGUGCGUCGUCGUGUGAUCCGUCGCCGUCGUGAUGUCUCCGAACUUGCCAACGAAUACUUGCCCCCCGUCGAAGAAGCCACCCAAGAUGUCGCUGUUGAGGUCCCUGCUGAGUCCGCUGCCCUGGCUGAUGAUGGCUACCGUUACAGAACCGUGCGUCGUCGUGUGAUCCGUCGUCGUCGUGAUGUCUCUGAGCUUGCCAACGAAUACUUGCCCCCAGUCGAAGAAGCCACCCAAGAUGUCGCUGUUGAGGUCCCUGCUGAGUCCGCUGCCCUGGCUGAUGAUGGCUACCGUUACAGAACCGUACGUCGUCGUGUAAUCCGUCGUCGUCGUGAUGUCAACGAGUUGCCUUCUGCCGAGUACCUACCACCUGCAAUUCCAGAAGCCAGCCAGGAUAUCGCUGUGGAGGUCGCAGCUGAGUCCGCUCCCGAAACUGUCGUUGGAGCUGAUGGCUACCGCUACAAGACUGUGCGUCGCCGUGUGAUCCGUCGUCGUCGUGAUGUCAACGAGUUGCCCUCUGCCGAGUACCUACCACCUGCAAUUCCAGAAGCCAGCCAGGAUAUCGCUGUGGAGGUCGCAGCUGAGUCCGCUCCCGAAACUGUCGUUGGAGCUGAUGGCUACCGCUACAAGACUGUGCGUCGCCGUGUGAUCCGUCGCCGUCGUGAUGUCUCCGAACUUGCCAACGAAUACUUGCCCCCAGUCGAAGAAGCCACCCAAGAUGUCGCUGUUGAGGUCCCUGCUGAGUCCGCUGCCCUGGCUGAUGAUGGCUACCGUUACAGAACCGUGCGUCGUCGUGUGAUCCGUCGUCGUCGUGAUGUCAACGAGUUGCCUUCUGCCGAAUACCUGCCCCCCGUCCAGGAGGCUGCCGCUUCCCACAUCAUCGACGUUCCAGCCGAGCCAACUCAGCUUGCCGAUGAUGGCUACCGUUACAAGACUGUGCGCCGUCUGAAGUUCCGUCGUCAUUAG